UUAGAGCUACUACUUGGAGACAACUACAUCGAGAAACACCAUGGAAAAGAAGUUUCUGUGAAGACUGUGGAGUGGACGAUGCUCAGGCUAUCAUGAUGGCUCUGGCUGUGCCGAAUGUGCAGAUCCUGGGUAUCACCUGCGUUCAUGGCAACUCCUCCAUAGAGAAUGUGUGCAAAAACGUCCUGCGAGUCCUACAAGCUUGUGACCGGAUGGAGAUUCCUGUAUUCAGAGGGGCAUCAAAGCCAAUUCUUGGGGAUGCUAUAAAUGCUUCUCUGUUUCAUGGACAUGAUGGGCUUGGUGAUGCUCCAGACCCAAACGCUCCUGGUCUGGAACUAGUACAAAAGGAGGGGGCCGUUUCAGCCAUCAUCCGCAUCGUUAACGAGCAUCCAGGAGAGGUAUCUUUAGUGGCUACAGCUCCUUUGACAAACCUAGCACUAGCAGUAAAGUUGGAUCCUAUGUUGCCGGAGAAGCUAAAAGGCCUGUACAUCAUGGGAGGCAACACAGAUUCUAGGGGGAACACUACUGCAUGUGGAGAAUUCAACUUUACAGCAGACCCUGAAGCAGCGUAUAUUGUAUUGAAUGAAUACCUCUGCCCAACUUACAUUGCCUGCUGGGAGUUCACUUGCCACCACAGCUUGCCCUGGGGGUUCUGUGACAUUUGGCUAGCUCAGGAUACCGCUAAAGCUCGGUUCAUGAAGAAGAUCUUCCAGCACAGCAUGGACCUGUGUAACAAUGAGAGGGUCUGCAAAGAGCAAGUAUAUGAAUCAGGAUUUAUUUCUUGUGAUUCGUUUGCCAUGGCAGCUGCCAUCAAUGACAAGAUCAUCGAGAGUGACCAUAAGGCUGUAACUGUAGAGCUCACUGGUAAACAUACCAGGGGAAUGAUGGUGGUAGAUCACAUUGAUGAACUGAAGAAGACUCAUAAAGCUUACAUUAUGAAGAAGAUGGAUUUAGAAGAGUUUAAAACGCUGCUAACGAAUGCUUUGAAAUGAUUAUUUUAUCAGGCUCAUAAAAGCAAAUUAGUGUAGCUGAAAUCAGCUGAAUCAGAUCUUGUUAGUUUGUGUAUUUUAAUCUGUUUUGUUUUUUUAAAUUGCGACUUAAUUGCAGAACUUGUAAUAAAUGUUCUUGUAUUAAUUACAACUGACAGCAGUAUUUGAGUAAAUGAUUUUUUAAUAGAAUUUUACAAAAACCAUUGUUUAAAAAAAUCUGAACUUUCUUUUAAUAUAUAUAUAUAGAUCGUUACUCUCCACAGCAAUGAAAAAUCUGCAUCUGUAAUUAUAUUGGUGCUGUUAAUAAAACUAAAUGAAUUUCACAUGUUCUAGAAUGUAUUGUUUAAGUGAUGGUAAUGUUAUUAAUGAAGAAGUGUAAUGAUGUUAGUGUUUACAGUUUUGUAAGCCACCCUUUUAAAAGACCAAUAAUUUUUGUAGCAUGCACAUACAAAUAAAAUGUUUAUUUCAAACAA